AUGUACAGCCGGUACAUACCCCCUCAAAAAGAGAAGCCAUUUGUUAUUAGACCACAAACAACAUCGGCUGCCUCCGACCGACCAUACGCCAAUCUCGGCCAGACAUCGGCAGAACCGCUACAGCCCCUCGUGCAACCACAGCGCAUUGUUUUUGAUGAUGACACCUUCCCGCCAAUUGACCCCAGCAAGAGUAGCCGGAAAUUAGACGAAGAGCUCACGAGCACGGUCGAGGAAAAGAACCCGAAAAAGUCAAAGUCUAAAAAGAGCAAGGAUAAUACCCAAGAUGGCGCCGAGGGCGAGGAGAAGGAGUCCAAGUCGCGCAAGCGCAAGAGGGAUGCAGCAGAAAAGGCGAUAAUUUCUGAAGGGGAGGUCUCAAAAGAGAAGGAUGUGAUGUUAGAAUCGAACUCCGAGGCUGUCGGCACCGGCGAGACCGAGGGCGAGCCUGCAGUUACCGGGGAGGAACGGAAACCGAAACGGGAAAAGAAGAAAAAGAGGAAGCAAGAAGGCAAUCCCGAUGUUGAUAUGCUCGACGGCGACGAGGACCGUAUUCGCAGGAGGCAUAAGUCGGUUUUUGACAAGGUCCAAAAGGCGCUGCAGACCAAGGACGACGUACAGGAUGUCAGCGAGGAGGAAGAGGCCGAACCCGAGGUGGAACAUGGCCUCGAACCGCUCCCUCAGCCGGAGCCCGUCAUCUUUGACGAGUCCAAGCUGACAUACGAGACGCUGCCGCCAUGGCUCGCCUCUCCAGUACGCGUAGGCCCUGACAAGACGCGGCCGUUUACAGAGUUGGGGAUCUCCCCGGAAUCAUCCAAGAUUCUCGAAUCCAAGGGGUUUAAGGACGCUUUUGCUGUCCAGACCGCAGUACUCCCUCUCUUGCUACCCUCCCCCGAUAGGCAGGGUGACGUAGUCGUUGCGGCCCCAACAGGAUCCGGAAAGACGCUAUCGUAUGUGCUGCCUAUGGUCCACGAUAUCAGCAAAGGCCGUGUUACCAGAUUACGAGCACUCAUUGUCCUGCCGACAAGAGACCUCGUCCAACAGGUGCAACUGGCCUUCGAAGCAUGCACAGCCGCCUUUGCCAUCAACGGGGGCAAGAGGGUCAAGAUUGGUACGGCAAUGGGCAACCGGGUAUUCAAGGAGGAACAGUCCGUCAUCAUGAGCCAGGAGCAAAGAUACGACCCCCAGGGAUACGAGCAAUAUCUGCAAAAGCAAAACCGGCCCGUUAAUUUGGAAGACUCGGAAGACGAAGACGGAGAUGAAGACGAUAACUUGGAACUCGAGCGCUCCCAGCCGCUCCCUUCCCAUGUCAUUGCCCACGAGUCCAAAGUCGAUAUUCUCAUCUGCACCCCCGGUCGGCUGGUAGAGCAUAUCACCAAGACGUCCGGGUUCUCGCUCGACUACGUCCGCUGGCUAAUCGUCGACGAGGCCGAUAAACUGCUGGCGCAGGACUUUCAGCAGUGGCUGGAUACGGUCACUGAAAAGUUGGGCAUCGGUAAACCUGGUGCCCGCGACUUUCCCGGCUCCAACAAGAGUGGGGUCCAGAAAGUCAUACUCAGUGCGACAAUGACUCGGGACCUCAGUCUUUUGAACGGACUGAAGCUGUCUCGGCCGAAGCUUAUUGUCGUCGAAGGAACCAAGGCUGGGGAGCAGAACCUACCAGCCCUUCUCAAGGAAUACGCCAUCAAGAUCCGCGAACCGAGUCUUAAGCCGCUGUACCUGGUAGACCUACUGCAGAGCAAGCAUAUGACUGCCGUCAACCGGGAUAUUUCCGACGAAGUCGCGGUGGCAUCCGAAACCAGCGAUUCGGACUCCUCUGCAUCAGAAUCCGAGUCAGAGGCCGAAUCCGACUCAUCUUCCUCUUCGGAUGACGACGAGAGUGGCGACAGCGACGACAGCAACGACAGCAACGACAGCGACGAGGGUGACGAACCCAAACCAAGAACAAAACAAGCCGCUCCCACCUCCACCUCCACCAAAAAGCCGACCCUCCCCACCACCGUCCUAAUCUUCACUAAAUCCAACGAAGCCGCUCUCCGCCUCUCCCGCCUGCUCGCCCUCCUCAGCCCGGAUCUUGCCCCACUCCUCGGCACCCUGACCUCCUCGACCAAGACGUCGCGGCGCGCCCGCACGCUGCGCGCCUUCGCCCAGGGCAAGCUGCGCAUCCUCGUCGCGUCGGACCUCGUCUCCCGGGGCAUCGACCUGCUCAACCUCGAACACGUCAUCAACUACGACCUGCCCAUCAGCGAGACGUCGUACGUCCACCGCGUCGGGCGCACGGCGCGCGCGGGGAGGAAGGGCUGCGCGUGGACGCUGGUGGAGCAUGCUGAGGCGAGGCGGUUCUGGAGGGAUUUUGCGGGCGAGGGGAAGGGCGCCGUGACGAGUAUUGGGAGGGAGGGGCCUGUGGAGAGGGCGAGGGUUGGGGAGGAUGAGUUUGGCGAGGAGAGGGUGAAGGCGUAUGAGGGGGCGUUGGAGAGGUUGAGGGAGGAGGCGGCUGCUGGGGACGGGAGGAGAUAG